CAAGUGUUAGAGUAUUGUAUGUUUGGGAGGACAUGGAAAACAACAGGAUGCUCUUGUGGAUGAUAGAUCGCCAGAGAGAAAAAAUAUUAGCAAUCAUACCUCGCCAUUUAGUGCCCGGAUAUCGAAACAUGAAUCUGAAAGGAAAUGUAUUCUCUGUGCAACAUUUCCAAGUUGAUGAAUACCAUUUGGACAAUCCAAUUGGAUAUCCACUUUAUCCAAUUGUGUCUACUGUCACAACUGUUGCACAAGAUCAUACAAAUAAAAGAAGGCUUGUUGAUGUGGUUGGAAGAAUAGUAUGGGGAAAUCGAAUCAGACAGCUGCGAUCAUUUGAGUUAAUUCUCCAAGAUGAGACGGGGAACGUAACAAAGUUAUUGUUGUAUAACGUACCAGCAAACCUUAUGAUUAAGGUUAUUGUUGCAACAUACAACAAAUCCAUACUCUAUGUUUCUUGCAUGAAGCUGGUCCACAACAAUUUGGGUAAUUUAUUGGUUUCUACUGUUUUAACCGACUUUGAUGUUGAACCACAAAUGUAUGAAGCUGAUAGGAUUAGAGCUAGAUAUUGAUGAGAGUAUUAGAAAAAGAUUUUCUUGAAAACUUUUUUAAUUCCCGUGUUUUCAAUUCAG